AUGACUUUACUUUCGCUCAAAGAAGAUCGACCAACACCAAAGGCCGUGUACAACUGGCGCGUAUACGCCUGCGCUGCCGCGGCCUCGUUUGCAUCAUGCAUGAUUGGCUACGACUCAGCUUUCAUCGGCACGACACUAGCCCUGCCGUCAUUUGUGGAAGAGUUUCGCUUUAAUGAGUACUCUCCUGCGUCUCUCGCUGUCAUGAAGCAGAACAUUGUGUCUGUGUACCAAGCGGGUGCCUUUUUCGGGAGUUUGGGCGCAUUUGUGUCGAGCUACUUUUGGGGCCGGCGCAUUUCCCUGUUGCUGUUUACCUGUGUCUUCAUGGUCGGUGCAGGGAUGAUGCUGGGUGCCAAUGGCGACCGCGGCCUUGGGCUCAUUUUGGCUGGUCGAGUUCUGGCUGGUAUUGGAGUCGGCGGAUGCUCCAACAUGACGCCGAUUUACAUUUCUGAGCUGUCGCCUCCAGCAGUACGUGGUAGACUUGUGGGCAUCUACGAGUUGGGUUGGCAAAUUGGUGGCCUUGUUGGAUUCUGGAUCAACUACGGCGUCAACUCGACUAUGGCGCCAAGCUACUCGCAAUGGCUCAUCCCAUUUGCUGUACAAUUGAUCCCCGCUGGGCUGCUGCUUGUUGGCGCCAUGUUUAUCCCCGAAUCUCCGCGAUGGCUCUUCCUCAAGGGGCGCCGUGAGAAGGCUAUUGAAGUUUUAUGCUGGAUGAGAAAUCUGGGACCAGAGCAUGUGUAUAUCCAACAAGAAGUUGCCUCGAUCGAGGACGAGCUUCAGCGUCACGCCGACCAGGUUGGUAACGGGUUCUGGAAGCCGUUCCGCCUGCUAAAGGAACGAAGAGUACAGUGGAAGUUUGUCAUUAGCAUUCUUCUGUUCGUCUUUCAAAACGGCUCUGGCAUUAAUGCCAUCAACUACUACAGCCCGACUGUCUUUCGCAGCUUAGGCAUCACCGGCACGAACACGGGUUUCUUGACGACUGGCAUCUUUGGCGUCGUCAAGACAGUCGUCACCUUCAUCUGGCUGCUUGUUCUCAUCGACCACAUGGGCCGCCGCACGCUUCUACUUGUUGGCGGCCUCGGUGGCUCAGUCUGCAUGUGGUUCAUUGGCGCAUACAUAAAAAUCGCCGAUACCAAGACUACCAGUGCAAAUAUCUCGGCGGGAGCCUCUGGAACGCCUUCGGCUGGAGGCAUCGCCGCUAUCGUCUUCUUUUACCUGUGGACUGUCUUCUACACGCCGUCAUGGAACGGCACACCAUGGGUACUCUGCUCUGAAAUCUUUGAUCAGAAUAUUCGAUCGCUGGGCCAGGCGAACGCCGCUGCUAACAACUGGCUGUGGAAUUUCCUGAUUGCGCGAUUCACUGAGCAAAUGUUUAAUGCGUGGGGCUACGGCGUAUACUUUUUCUUUGCAUCGCUGAUGCUUAUUUCCUGCGUCUUUGUGUGGUUUUGCAUUCCGGAAACCAAAGGCAUUCCUCUUGAGUCCAUGGAUAGGCUGUUUGACAUUAAACCGGUUCGUCUGGCGCACAGCAAGUGCCAGAAUUGGGAUGAUGUGUCGCUGGAUACAAAAGAGACUAACAGCACUGUUUAGAAAGUAGAUCGACGGAUAUUUAAAUAGCAAU